AUGGAAGAAACAGCCGUCAUCAUCGUCGGCGGAGGCCCCUCGGGACUUGCACUCGGCUUAGCUCUUGGGCAGCACAAUGUGAAGUCAGUUAUCCUAGAGCGGGAGCCUGGUAUCGCAACAGACCCUCGUGGCGUCUGGCUCAGCGGCGAUGCUGUGCGCAUUCUCCAUGGGCUGGGCCUGGGGCCUGCGAUCAGCUCGAUAGGGCACAAGGCGUCUCAUGUCGACUUCCACCGGACCACCUUCGACAGUGUACCUUUCUACCAAAUGCCAAUGGCGGACGACACUCUCGAACAUUCUCUGCCUCUAGGGCUACAGAUGAGCCAGCCAAGGCUAGAGGAGGCUAUGAGGAGCCUGAUCAAAGGCUCGCCACACUGCCAACUACGCUCUGGAUGCACAGUCACCGACGAGCACGGCGUCCAAAAGACAAUACGAGGUCAGUUCCUCGUGGGAGCCGACGGCAAGACGGGUAUUGUCCGGAAGCACUUCCUCGAGCCAACGGCCGGCAUCCGCCAGCUCGAGGGCAUCUACCCGUACGAAGGCGUCUGGGUCGCGAGCAAUCUCAAGAUCACGCUGCCGACCCCUGACUCACACCCGGACUUCCCACUCUGGAAACUUGGCUACACCCCCGAGCAGGUCUACGACGUCUUCUGGCCGACUGGGUGGCACUUCUGCUCCCCACCAGGCAAGCCCACGGCGACGGGACGCUUUGGUCCGCCAGAAGACCGGACUUGGCGGCACGAGUUCCGCGUGCACGACGAGAGCAGCGAACCCAUUUACUCGGAGAAGCUGUUGUGGGAGCACUUGAUGCCAAGCGUCACGCUCGAACGGGACAACUCUGCUCUUCUUCCUGGCAGCAACAGAGGCGCAAGAGAAGAGAAAGGGGUGGUCGAGUUCGGCCAGCCCGUCGCGUUCCCGCGCGAUUGCAUCCAGAUCCUGCGCUGCCGGCCGUUCAAGUUCGUGCACAAGUGCGUCGACCGCUGGUUCGACGGGCGGACGAUCCUGAUUGGGGAUGCGGCGCACGUGUUUCCCCCGUUUGCCGGGCAGGGCGUGGCGAGUGGGAUGAGGGACGCGCAUCAGCUCGCCUGGCGUCUUGCGCUGCUUUUGCUUGCACCGUCUCCAGCGCAGCCUUCAGCAAUAAAGGCAAUCGGGGAGGACCAGCGCGUCAAACGAGUGCUGGACGCAUGGGCCCUCGAACGGCGACAGAGCGUCAACGACGCGGCUUACAUGUCCCGCGUGCUCGGAUCCCUGUGCAACAACGAGCUGACCUGGGCGAGGUAUUUCAGCGUGCUCGUAGCCAAGAUUCUGAGCAGGUGUCCCCCGGUCUGGCGCCACGUCGAGCCGAUGAGGGUCGUCGAGGUCAGGGGCUUCUCGCGUGUGCCCGGCGGCUUCAGUCUCAAGGAUUAUCGCGGUGGUAUCCGCCUCGCGCAGACUUUGCUGCGAAGCGGCGGCGGCGGUGGCAGCGACAAGACGAUCCUGUCUGAUAGCCUUCUCCGCUCGCAUGACAGCAUCUUCACUUUGCUCGUCAUCGGUGGUGAAGAUGGUGGGGAUACACCGCGACUCUGCGCCGAGGCGGAGGCGGCCAUCCAGGCAGCGUCUGUUUCUCCGAAGCUCUUUUCGAAAGAGUCCAUUGUUGUCUUGUCGAAGAGUAGCCAGCUGGGAGACAAGACCGAUGCGGAAGUCGAUAGGGGUCGCGUGUGUUAUCCUGUUUCCCCGAAUGAUGCAGUCGUGGCACGCCUGGGACGGUCCACAAGAUUUGCGAUACUCCGGCCGGACUGGUUCGUGUACGCCUGUGCAGCAAACACGGGUGACUUGGCUUGUUGCUUGGAAGAGCUGAAGAAGAACUCUUUGCUGUAA